AUGGAACCACUUGAUACCCUCAUCCAGCGGUGGUUAGAAUGGGACCAGGACCCUUCCACUCGCGGGGAGAUCGAGAAGCUCCUGGCAGACAAAGAUGAUGCCGGCCUAGAGAAGCGCCUACGAGAGCGCAUUCAGUUUGGGACUGCUGGCCUACGGGGUAGGAUGCAAGCCGGUUUCUCAUGCAUGAAUUCUCUUACCGUCAUUCAGGCAUCCCAGGGGCUGGCCAAGUUUAUCAAAACAACCCACAAAGGCACAGAACAGCCGUCAGUGGUGAUUGGCCGUGAUGCUCGACACAACUCUCAGAAGUUCGCCUUCCUUGCAGCAAACGCCUUUGAAGCCGAGGGUAUACAUGUGUGGUGGUAUGAUGGUGUUAAUCCAACCCCGUUUGUGCCCUUUGCUGUUCUGCUGAAGAAGGCAGAUGCCGGAGUCAUGGUUACAGCUAGUCAUGUAAGUUCUGCGUCGCCAAUGCUGGAAGUGUGA